AUGACUAGCACAAAGAAGGUUAUGUAUGCCAUGUUCUUUGGUAUACAUGGUGUAGUGACACAAGUUCCUAUUCCAAAAGGUCGUACCGUUACUGCAAAGUUUUACAAACGAAUAGUGUUAAACAAAGUUGACAAAUAUUAUCGCAAACGUCGUCCAAAUACUGGUAUGAUAGGUCUGUUUCUACUCCAGGACAACGCUACUCCACACAAGGCAUACAUUGUAAAGAAAUUCUUGGAGAGCAAACGUGUAACUGUGCUUAAUCACCCACCAUACUCGCCAGAUUUGGCACCCUGCGAUUUCUUCCUGUUUCCAAGAUUAAAGAAACACCUUCAGGGUCGCCGUUACAGCACCAGAAAUGGAAUUGGUUCAGCAUUACAUCAGUUGUGUAGGGGUAUACCUCAAGAAGACUAUAAAAAAGCAUUUCAAAAUUGGAUCAAACGUUUGAAACUCUGUAUUUUGUUCAAAGGAGAUUACUUUCAAGGUUUAAAAAAAUAA